UUUCCUUCUAUCAUAUAAUGACUGACAGUUGAUCAUUAGUCCUCUGCUUUUAUUGGAGCGGGGAAAGGGAAAGGACAAUGCAGCGCUGUGGAUCUGGUAUCUGUGUUUCCACAGCAACACAUAUUAAAUUACAUAGAGGCUUACAGGCAGUGGACUUUAAACAGAGGUGGAGACACAGGUGACGUUGGCUACGCUAAAUUAUCUCCUUCCUGGAAAGAAACAAACCAGCUUCAAAAAUGGCUAAAUUCUUCACGCCAGUUCAAAUCAAUGAGUUCAAGGAAUGCUUCUCUUUGUAUGACAAAAAGCAAAAGGGCAAGAUCGAUGCCAAAGAUCUGAUCACAGUGAUGCGCUGCCUGGGUACAAGCCCCACGUUCAGUGAAAUUGAAAGACAUCUACAAGUUCACAAAAUCGAAAAGAAAGGUGAGCUGGACUUCUCGACAUUUCUGACCAUGAUGCACAGGCAGAUGCAACAGGAAGACCCCAAGACGGAAAUCCUGCAGGCCUUGAGGAUGACAGACAAACAGAAGAAUGGUUACAUCCAGGCAUCUGAGCUGCGGGCCAAGCUCACCAUGUUAGGAGAGAAACUCACAAACAAAGAAGUGGACGAACUCUUCAAAGAGGCAAACAUCAAAUCAAACGGGAUUGUCAACUACGAAGAGUUUACCCAGAUGGUGACGCUGCCACCCGUUGAUUACUGAGGAGGAAACUUCAAAAGACCAGCCAUGAUGUGGAAAUGACUUAACAUAACUGACACUAAAUGAAACGGUUUGGCAUGUCAUUCUUUGAUUGGAUCAAAUUUUAAAACCCAUAAAAUUCUGUAUGCAUCCUUUCUCAUGCCUGAACCGCCACACAAAUAAAUUAGUUUGAAGAAACCGAAAUUGGUGUGUGGCCUAUUAAGAGUGGGAUUACAGUGGGAUUUAGUUUAGCCAACUGACUGCUUUGAAAAUGUGUUCAGAAUCUUCUACAGCCGUGACAAUAUGUCAUUUCUAUUUAAUAUUCUAUUUCUAUUUUACAUACCAUAACAUUUAAAUUCACUUUUUCCAGGCUGCACUGCUCCCCUGUACCCGUCCUCUCUGCUGACAUCUGUCGCACAGUCACACAAGGGGUAGUCUGUGAAAAUAUUGGAUUUCAAUGCUGGUUAUGUCUCUGACACACGUUAUCUUUCCGGGCAGCCACAGAAAUAUCUUCAAAGAUACAAUCUGUUGCUAGACAGAUAAAAAGAUUAUGUUUUAACUUUGCAUAGGGAGCGCCAUGUUAUCAAAUCAUAAAUUAGCAUAUGGAACAAACACAUAUAACAUAUAGCCAUCAAAUUUAUAUUAAAAACUCCUUUGCAGGGUUGGCAAAAAAAAAAAAAAAAAGUAGAGUUUUGCCAACUUAUUA